AUGACGGAGACAGUCGAGGUCACCAAGGUCGCAGAGGUCGCCCCGGCGGCUGCAGACUCUGAUGACCCCCCUUCAUACGAGGUCUCGACCAGUGAGGCCGGGCACUUGGAAGAUAAAGCUCAGCCAGAGAAGCCCAAGGACAAAACCGAGGAGCAAUCUCAAGAACCACCAGGAAAAGCUGCCGAGGCAUCGACAGAGAAGUCUUCCGAGAAAAAGCCCGAAGCUUCUGUAGAGCAGUCCGCUCCCAAGAUCACUAUCGAGACCGCAUCUGAAGCCAAGACGGAAGAAAAGCAGCCAGCAGAAACUUCCUCCGCCGAGAAAGCCCAGAAAGAUGCCGCGAAAGAGGACUAUUCGAAGCUCUCGCACAGUGCAUUGACCAGCGACAUGGCAUUCAACUGGAUGAAGGACCUGCACUCGCGAAUGGCGACAAUCGAAGUCCAACAAAAGGAAAAAGAAGAGACGUCGGCGGAUACAAGCGAGUCCAAGGAGCGGCACAUGGUGCAGACGAAACCCGAGGUGCGCCACUGCAGCUGGGACCAGUUCAAGAACCGCUACAGCGAGGACGAGAGCAACUAUGCCAUCGAGACGCUGCUCGCAUCCGACGAGCUCGACGUGGAGAUGGAGGAGGAGCAGCUAAAGCGACUGCCCGUCGACAAGAGGAAGCCCUUUGACCAGGCUCCUCGCAAGCGGAUCAACCGCCGGGGCCAGAUCGACAACAAAGACGAGGGUCGCAUUAUCGAGCGAGUGAGGAUCAACUCUGCUGUUAUCCUAGCACUGCUCGCCAAGGUGACCGGCGAGGUCUCAUGGUCGUCCAAGCCGCACACAUUCCUCAAGCCGUUCAAGAUCUCGAUCUUCUUCCACUCCAAGGUCGAGGAGGAAGUGCAGGCAAUCAAAAAGCGGCUUGGUAUUCCGGAUGAGGAGGGCAAUUCCAAGCCUACUGAUGUGCUUGCAAAGGAGGCUGUCCCUGAUGCACCAGAGACUGCUUCCUCCGAGGGAAAGAAAGCUGAUGUGCCCUCUGGAAACGCCGAGGACCAGGUUGCUACUCCAGUCAAGACGGCUCACGAGUCAAGCAAAUCCGAAGCACCGAAGAGUCCCGUCAAAAGCUCCGAGACUGCUUCAAAGGCCAACGAUAAGUCAGAAAAGACGUCGGGGGAGUCCGAAGAGUUCAAGGUUGAUCUUGACACCAUCACUGCCGAGCAGUUCAAGGAGAUCCAGUGCUACAUGGACUUCAUGAGGACAGAGAUCCUCCCCAACUUCCACAAGUUUGACAGUGGGACCUUGGACGGAAGGACCAAGAUUCGUUUCGAGGACUUGUGGUAUCUCUUCCGGCCAGGACAGCUGAUCUUCCAGCGGGAUGACGCCUUCCUGAGCCAGGCAUACUCCCAGUCCGAGGGGUCCGAAACGCACUCUUACAAAGCACUCGAGGGCCCGGGUGGGCCAAGGCUCUGGCGCAUAUUCCACAUCUGGCAGGACAACCCUGACUGGAAGGUCGACGACCUGGAGAAGACGGGUGCCGAGCUCCGCCGCGACAGCGCAAGCUCACCGUCAGACACUAACAUCAUGGCCUACUACAUCGACUUUGACGGCGACUCGUACGCGGCCGUGACCCGCAAGUUCAACAUCCCGUUCUUCCAGGGCGAGAGGGCGGUGACGAGGCUGAUCUGCUACCCGGCGCGGUUCGAGAAGAGCUUCGACGGGCUGUUCGAGUCCUACCGCAACAGGGGCCGGCGUUUCCGCGAGAUCAUCAACAAGACGCAGGACGCCAUGGCCUACAUGACCUACAACGGAUGGACGCAGGUUCGCGACCCAGCCGGCGAUAUGAUCGAGGACGAGGAGGGCAAUGAGAUGAGGACGCCGCAGUUCAUCUCGAGCGACGUGAUCAUAGACUUUAAAGAAGCCUUCCAGCUGCACGCCGCCUGGAAGCCCGGCUUUGGUGCUUACCUCAAGAGCACGUUCACGCCUACCACCAAGUACGACCCUUUCUCCGUCAUUCAGUGGUCCAACAAGAGCAGGUCCUCGACGGUGAACAAGGUGAGGGAAGUUGUCAUUGAAGACGAUGACAUCUCUUCGCUCGAGUGGAACCACCUGGCCGACAAGGACAACUUUGUCAUCGAUCUCGAUGUCCGGGAGGUCGAGAGGACGGCCAGCAAGCAGACGUUCACUGAUGAAGAUCUGGCCUUGUUGCCAUCGCGUCUCUGUGCAUAUUCCUUACGCGACCGGGAGUUCUUCAACGCAGAUAUUCGAUUCCUGAAGCCCCGCAAGCAAGUGGUGGACGACCCUUUCAGCAACCUCAAGAUCCCAGAGAAUGUCAAGGGGAUGCUCAAGUCCGUUGUCAGGGAGCACUUCAAGAAGAAGGAUCUACAGAAGAAGUUGGAGGCACUCAACAUGGAGAUUCUCGAACAAGAUUUCAUCCAGGGCAAAGGUCGCGGGCUGGCGAUCCUGCUCCACGGUCCUCCCGGCGUCGGAAAGACAGCCACCGCCGAAGCAGUCGCCUCGUCCCACAGCAGACCGCUAUUCCCGAUCACUUGCGGCGAUCUCGGUAUUGACCUAGAUAGGGUGGAGAGCACUCUGAGCGAGGUCUUCCGGCUGGCUAACAAGUGGGGUUGUGUCUUGCUUCUCGACGAGGCAGAUAUCCUGCUUUCACAGCGAGAGAAGAAGGACGACAACAUCCAAAGAAACGCUCUGGUCUCCAUCUUCCUGAGGACGAUGGAGUACUACCAGGGCAUCCUGUUCCUCACGACCAACCGCGUCGGAGUCAUCGACGAGGCAGUGAGCUCGCGAGUGCACUUCAGCGUCGACUUCCCAGACCUAGACCUCGGCCAGACCCUGGCCCUGUUCGACAUGAACAUCGACCGCUCAGAGAAGAUCGCCGAGCAGCGCGCCAUGAUCACAGGCGAGCCGAAGCUGGUCAUCAGAGGAGACGAGCUCCGGCAAUUUGCAAUCGAGCCGUUCCAGAGGUCCCGGGAGCAAAUCACCUGGUGGAAUGGACGGCAGAUCCGCAAUGCCUUCCAGAUCGCGACGUCUCUCGCGUACGAGACCAAGGGCGACUCGGAAGGCAGCGCUCCGUACCUAGGCCGCAGGCACUUUGAGCAGAUCGAGAAGGCGAUCGAGGACCUCAAGACCUACAGGGAGACCAUCUUCCGCAAGACGGACAGCGAGCUGGCCGCGCAGAGGGAGGAGCGUGCCGGCAGGCCGCUCAUGAGCGACAUGCCCUCGCCGCAUCACGGCCGCCAGCAGCACUGGCAAGACUCGAGGUCGUACCCAUCGCGAGGGCCCGCCUACGCGCACUCGCCCGGCCCGUCUAGCAGACUGACGCCGGAGCGAUCUCAGGAGUACGACUUUCCGCCGAGAGGUGGCUAUGGCGGCAGGCCGGCAUCACCACCACAGCGGGAGGCUUCGUUCAAUCCACAGCAUCAGCCGUCGCUGAGCUCGGAAAGGGGACAGGCCUUACCUUCUCGCGAAUAUGACAGAGGCGGUCACGGGCAUCAUGACCAGCGCUAUUGA